AAAAUAAUAAAAAAUAAUAUGAAUAAUAAAUAUUUUAUUUUAAUUUUUUUAUCAAUAUUUUUAAUAUUUAAUUUUGUAAGUGCAAAUACUGAGGAUGCAAGUUUUUUAAAGUGUGACCCAAAAUAUUGCUUAAAGGUUAAAUGUGGUCCAAAACAAACUACAUGUAAAAAAUCCGCCUGCUGUACAGGUUGUAAACCAGAUUGUGAUACUGUUAAGUGUGCCAAAGUAUGUGCUGAAGACGAAACCCCAAUUAUUGAUGAUUGUUCGUGUUGCCCAUCAGAUUGUAAAAAAAACUGUGAUAAUGUCGAAUGCCCAUUAAUAAAGUGUGCACCAGGAUAUAUUUCAAAGAAGGUUGGAUGCUGUAAUACAUGUGUUCAAAACUGUUCUAAACUCAUAUGUGAUUGGCCUCUCUGUCGUGAUAAUGCAAAACCAGAAACAAAGCCAGGAAAUUGUUGCCCAUCGUGUCCUAACUAAUAAUUUACAGUCAAAUAGAUUUAUAAUAAAUAUUUAUUAGAAAAUUAUAUUUUUUAUUCCACUGUCUAUUAAAUUUAAACUAUAUUUCAAAAACAAUAAAUAUAAAAUAUAAAAAAUGAAAAAAGAAACUUAAAAUAUU